CGAAGGAGAAAGGGACUGCAAGCAACCAUAAGACACAGGCUUUAAAGAACAGUCUGGAAGGAAAACCUAAAAAGAAAAAGGGAAAAAAAAACAUGCACAGAAUUUUACUUAAAGUGCCUUCCUAAUAGUAUUUGGGGGAGGAGGAGCAUUAACCCAAUUUGGCUAUUAUCACAUAUUUUGUGGCAAUCUGACUACUUUUGACCAGAUAGCUUUUUUUUUUUUUUGCAUAGCGUUAAGUUAGAGAACCGUUCCUGCUAUUUAUCCGUUUUUAUCUAUCUGGAUUGUGAAUUCAGAAGAAGAUGUUUCAGACCCUCGUAAGGAAAGCAACCUCAGCAUAUCGUCCACUACCUACACAUCAGCCAGGGGAACCUGGAGUGAAAUAUGCAGGCAAGAUGGUUCAUGAAACUCAACUCAGCUGCUUCUAUAUUCCACCUGGAGGUUCCAACUAUGUGAGUCCCCGUCCGGCUCAUGCCAACAUGAAUGCUAAUGCAGCAACGGGGCUGGCACCUGAGCAUAUCCCUACUCCGGGUGCAGCCCUCUCCUGGCAGGCUGCUAUCGAUGCUGCCAGGCAGGCGAAGUUGAUGGGUGCUGCUGGCAAUGCAACCAUAUCCACCGUUAGCUCCACACAGAGGAAACGGCAACAGUAUGGGAAACAGAAAAAACAGGGUACCACGACCGCUACACGUCCUCCCCGGGCACUGCUGUGUUUAACAUUGAAAAAUCCCAUCCGGAGGGCAUGUAUCAGUAUUGUUGAAUGGAAAUAUCCUUUUCUGGUACCAUUUGAAAUUAUUAUUUUACUGACUAUUUUUGCCAAUUGUGUGGCCUUAGCUAUCUAUAUCCCCUUUCCAGAAGACGAUUCCAAUGCCACCAAUUCCAAUCUGGAACGAGUGGAAUAUCUCUUUCUCAUAAUUUUUACAGUGGAAGCAUUUUUAAAAGUAAUAGCAUAUGGACUUCUCUUUCAUCCUAAUGCUUACCUCCGGAAUGGCUGGAAUUUACUAGAUUUUAUAAUUGUGGUAGUAGGGCUUUUUAGUGCAAUUUUAGAACAAGCAACCAAAGCAGAUGGGGUAAAUUCACUGGGAGGUAAAGGUGCUGGAUUUGAUGUUAAAGCACUUAGAGCUUUCCGCGUACUGCGCCCUUUACGGCUGGUAUCUGGAGUUCCUAGCCUUCAGGUGGUGUUAAAUUCCAUUAUCAAGGCCAUGGUCCCAUUGCUGCACAUUGCCCUGCUGGUGCUGUUUGUCAUAAUUAUCUAUGCCAUCAUUGGGUUGGAGCUCUUCAUGGGAAAGAUGCACAAAACAUGCUACUUAACAGGGAUUGCCACAGAUACACCUGCAGAGGAAGAACCUGCUCCCUGUGCUCCAGUAUCUCAACAUGGACGGCAGUGUCAGAAUGGCACUGAAUGUAGGGCCAUAUGGGAGGGACCCAAACAUGGCAUUACCAACUUUGACAACUUUGCCUUUGCCAUGUUAACUGUGUUUCAGUGCAUCACCAUGGAGGGCUGGACAGAUGUGCUCUACUGGGUCAAUGAUGCCAUAGGAAGGGAGUGGCCCUGGAUCUAUUUUGUUACACUAAUCAUCAUAGGCUCAUUUUUUGUACUUAACUUGGUUCUCGGUGUACUUAGCGGGGAGUUUUCUAAAGAGAGAGAAAAAGCAAAAGCUCGAGGUGACUUUCAGAAACUAAGAGAGAAACAGCAACUGGAGGAGGACCUAAAGGGAUAUCUAGACUGGAUAACUCAGGCAGAAGAUAUAGAUCCAGAAAAUGAGGAUGAAGGCAUGGAUGAGGAGAAGCCCCGAAACAUGAGCAUGCCCACCAGUGAGACAGAAUCUGUGAACACCGACAAUGUGGCGGGAGGCGAUAUUGAAGGAGAAAACUGCGGUGCACGACUGGCGCACCGGAUUUCUAAAUCUAAGUUUAGCCGCUACUGGCGUAGAUGGAAUCGAUUCUGUAGACGAAAAUGUCGAGCUGCUGUCAAAUCCAAUGUGUUCUACUGGCUUGUGAUCUUCCUGGUGUUUCUCAACACACUUGCCAUUGCCUCUGAGCAUUACAAUCAACCAGACUGGCUCACUGAAGUCCAAGACACUGCGAAUAAGGUAUUGCUGGCUUUGUUCACGGCUGAGAUGCUGCUGAAGAUGUACAGCCUGGGUCUUCAGGCUUAUUUUGUGUCUCUCUUCAACCGCUUUGAUUGUUUCAUCGUUUGUGGCGGAAUCCUGGAAACUAUCUUAGUGGAAACAAAAAUCAUGUCCCCACUUGGCAUCUCCGUGCUGAGAUGUGUACGACUUCUGAGAAUCUUUAAAAUCACAAGGUACUGGAAUUCCUUGAGUAAUUUGGUGGCUUCCUUGCUCAACUCAGUGCGCUCCAUUGCCUCCCUGCUGCUGCUCCUCUUCCUCUUCAUCAUCAUCUUCUCCCUCCUAGGGAUGCAGCUCUUUGGGGGCAAGUUUAACUUUGAUGAGAUGCAGACCAGGAGAAGCACCUUUGACAACUUUCCACAGUCAUUGCUCACUGUGUUUCAGAUCCUGACUGGGGAGGACUGGAAUUCGGUGAUGUAUGAUGGAAUCAUGGCUUAUGGCGGCCCCUCUUUUCCAGGCAUGUUGGUCUGUAUUUACUUCAUCAUCCUCUUCAUCUGUGGAAACUAUAUCCUGCUGAAUGUCUUCUUGGCCAUUGCUGUCGACAAUCUUGCUGAUGCCGAAAGCUUGACAUCUGCUCAAAAGGAGGAGGAAGAGGAAAAAGAAAGGAAAAAACUAGCAAGGACUGCCAGUCCUGAGAAGAAAAAGGAGCCUGAGAAGCCAGCUAUGGAGGCAGAGACAAAGGAGGAAAAAAUUGAGCUGAAAUCAAUUACAGCUGAUGGAGAAUCUCCAUCUUCUAAUAAGAGCAACACAGAUGAAUAUCAGCCAAAUGAAACUGAAGAGAAAAAUCCCUAUCCUACUGCAGAGACACCAGGAGAGGAUGAUGAAGAAGAACAACCAGAGAUGCCCGUUGGACCUCGUCCUCGCCCUAUGUCUGAACUGCAUCUUAAGGAGAAAGCGGUGCCAAUGCCAGAAGCCAGUGCUUUUUUCAUUUUCAGUCCCAGCAACAAAUUUCGGGUCCACUGUCAUCGCAUCGUUAAUAACAACAUUUUCACCAACCUGAUCCUUUUUUUCAUCUUGCUCAGCAGCAUCUCUCUGGCAGCUGAGGACCCAGUUCGGCAUUACUCAGUUAGAAAUCAAAUCCUAGGCAAUGCAGAUUAUGUCUUCACUAGUAUCUUUACAUUAGAAAUUAUUCUUAAGAUGACUGCUUAUGGGGCUUUCCUUCACAAAGGCUCCUUCUGCAGAAACUACUUCAACAUCCUGGACCUUCUGGUGGUUAGCGUUUCUCUCAUCUCCUUCGGGAUCCAGUCCAGCGCAAUCAACGUGGUGAAGAUAUUACGUGUUUUGAGAGUCCUCAGACCAUUGCGGGCAAUCAACAGAGCGAAGGGUUUAAAGCACGUGGUUCAAUGCGUAUUUGUAGCCAUACGAACCAUAGGGAAUAUUGUGAUCGUGACCACUUUGUUGCAGUUCAUGUUUGCCUGCAUUGGCGUUCAGUUGUUCAAGGGCAAACUGUACAGCUGCACUGAUAGCUCCAAGCAAACAGAAGCAGAAUGCAAGGGCAAUUUUAUCACUUACAAGGAUGGGGAAGUGUCUCAACCGAUGAUCCAGGCCCGAAGCUGGGAGAAUAGCAAAUUCGAUUUUGACAAUGUCCUGACAGCUAUGAUGGCCCUUUUCACUGUUUCAACCUUUGAAGGCUGGCCAGAACUGCUGUAUCGAUCUAUCGAUUCUCAUAUGGAAGAUGUGGGGCCCAUCUAUAACCACAGGGUGGAGAUCUCAAUUUUCUUCAUUAUUUAUAUCAUCAUCAUUGCUUUCUUCAUGAUGAACAUCUUUGUUGGUUUCGUGAUCGUCACAUUUCAAGAGCAAGGAGAACAGGAAUAUAAGAACUGUGAGCUUGAUAAGAACCAGCGUCAAUGUGUAGAAUACGCCCUGAAGGCCCGGCCCCUGCGAAGAUAUAUCCCCAAAAACCAGUACCAAUAUAAAGUAUGGUAUGUGGUGAACUCCACCUAUUUUGAAUACCUGAUGUUCGUCCUCAUCUUGCUGAACACCAUCUGCCUAGCCAUGCAGCACUAUGGUCAAAGUAUCCUCUUCAAACAAGCAAUGAACAUCCUCAACAUGCUGUUCACCGGCCUUUUCACCGUUGAGAUGGUUCUGAAGUUAAUUGCCUUCAAACCCAAGGGUUACUUUAGUGAUCCUUGGAAUAUUUUUGACUUCCUCAUCGUAAUUGGCAGCAUUAUAGACGUCAUUCUCAGUGAAACUAAUCACUAUUUCUGUGAUGCAUGGAAUACAUUUGACGCCUUGAUUGUUGUGGGUAGCAUUGUUGAUAUAGCAAUCACCGAGGUGACCAACACAGAGGACAACUCUCGCAUCUCAAUCACCUUUUUCCGACUCUUCCGUGUGAUGCGUCUGGUGAAGCUCUUGAGUCGAGGGGAGGGCAUCCGCACGCUGCUCUGGACCUUCAUCAAGUCUUUCCAGGCUCUCCCCUAUGUGGCUCUAUUAAUAGUAAUGCUGUUUUUUAUCUACGCCGUCAUUGGGAUGCAGGUGUUUGGUAAAAUUGCACUAAACGAUACUUCAGAUAUCAAUCGGAACAACAACUUUCAAACAUUUCCUCAGGCUGUGCUCCUGCUUUUCAGAUGUGCUACUGGUGAAGCUUGGCAGGAAAUCAUGCUGGCAUGCCUAUCUGAUAAGAAGUGUGACCCUGAAUCUGUGGAACCAAACAGUACUACUGAAGGUGAACAUCCCUGCGGGAGCAGCUUUGCUGUAUUUUAUUUCAUCAGUUUCUACAUGCUUUGUGCCUUUCUAAUCAUUAACCUUUUUGUUGCCGUUAUCAUGGAUAAUUUUGAUUACCUAACCCGUGAUUGGUCCAUUCUGGGUCCCCAUCAUCUGGAUGAGUUUAAACGGAUUUGGGCAGAGUAUGAUCCUGAAGCCAAAGGACGUAUCAAACAUCUAGAUGUCGUAACACUCCUGCGUCGGAUACAACCUCCUCUGGGUUUCGGAAAGCUCUGUCCUCACAGGGUAGCUUGCAAGCGUCUUGUCUCUAUGAAUAUGCCAUUGAAUAGUGAUGGAACUGUUAUGUUUAAUGCAACCUUAUUUGCACUAGUAAGAACAGCACUGAGAAUCAAAACAGAAGGUAAUUUGGAACAAGCCAAUGAGGAGUUGCGUGCAAUCAUUAAGAAAAUCUGGAAGCGCACUAGCAUGAAAUUGUUGGAUCAGGUUGUACCCCCAGCAGGAGAUGAUGAGGUUACAGUUGGAAAAUUCUAUGCCACAUUCCUAAUUCAAGAGUAUUUCCGGAAAUUCAAAAAACGCAAAGAACAGGGUCUUGUGGGCAAACCUUCACAACGUAAUGCUCUUUCUCUACAGGCUGGUCUGCGCACAUUACAUGACAUUGGACCAGAGAUUCGAAGGGCAAUAUCUGGAGACUUAACAGCAGAAGAGGAACUAGACAAGGCCAUGAAAGAAGCUGUUUCUGCUGCUUCUGAAGAUGAUAUUUUCAGGAGAGCUGGUGGCUUGUUUGGAAAUCAUGUCAGCUAUUACCAAAGUGAUGGCAGAAGCUCAUUCCCUCAGACAUUCACUACUCAGCGCCCUUUGCACAUCAACAAAUCUAGCAACAACCAAGGAGACACUGAAUCCCCAUCCCAUGAGAAGCUUGUCGAUUCCACCUUCACGCCAAGUAGUUACUCCUCAUCAGGUUCCAAUGCUAACAUCAAUAAUGCCAACAAUACUGCCUUGAGACGCUUUUCUAAUCCACCAAGCUAUUCCAACACUGUCAGCACCGUGGACAGCUACAGCACCCCUUCCUCCGCCACUGUACGGAUCCAGGAAGUUCCUUGGAAGUUCAGAUGCAGAAGAUCCUACUCCAGAGACAGCCAAGUAGCAAUUGUUAGUGAAGAGGAAGCUCCUCAGGUGGAAGAAACAUAUAGUGAGCAAUUAAAUGAAGAAACUGAAUAUUGCAGUGAACCAAAUUUGUUAUCACCUGAAAUGUUAUCAUACCAAGAUGAUGAACACCGACAGCUAACUCUCCCAGAAAGCAAAGAAGACAUCCAGCCAUCUCCAAAGAUCGGAUUUCUACAUUCCUCAUCACUAAGUCGAAGAGCAUCCUUCCAUCUGGAGUGUCUAAAGAGACAGAAAAAUCAGACUGCAGGUGUUCCCCAGAAAACAAUAUUACCUUUGCAUCUAGUACAUCGCCAGGCACUAGCAGUUGCAGGUCGGAGUCCUCUUCAAAGUAGUCAUUCCUCAAUUAGAUCUUCUCGACCCUGUUCCACACCCUCUGCAACACAUUGUACACAAGACUGGCCACAGCAACAUGAUAAAGGAUUGUGGCCUGAUGAGGAGGAAUCCAAUGAGAAACUCAAUAAUAGCUUCCCAUCAAUAUACUGCAGUUCCUCAUAUUGUGAUAGCACCAGCUCUAGCAGCACCCGAAAAGCCAGGCCACUCUCCCUUAUAGUUCCCAGUCAGACAAGAGAGUGUGGCAGGCAAUUCCACGGUAGUGCCAACAGCCUUGUUGAAGCGGUCUUGAUUUCGGAAGGACUGAUGCAGUUUGCUCAAGAUCCAAAGUUCAUUGAGGUUACCACCCAAGAACUAGCUGAUGCCUGUGACUUGACAAUAGAAGAGAUGGAGAAUGCUGCGGACAACAUUCUCAAUGGUAACAGCAAACCAAGCCCCAAUGGCAACCUCUUGCCUUUUGUUAACUGCAGGGACCCAGGGCAGGACUGUAUGGGCGAAGAAGCAGAAGCAGCCCAAAACCCAGAUUCUAGGAAAAGUCAAGAGGAAUCUAAGGAUACCAGGAUUUAUAUCAGCAGCCUGUAGUUGCUGAAGCUGAAAGUGAUGCUGGUUUUUUAAUUUGUUUCAAUGUUCCUAAUGGGUUUGUUUCAGAAGUGCCUCACUGUUCUCGUGACCAGGAGUAACCAGAACAGCAUUCUUCAUUUAUUUCUGUCGGGAAGAAUUGCAGAGUUGGGUGGUGUAGAGCUUUUCAGGAGUGAAUAUAGAACCCCAGCAUGUGUCCGUGAAGGAAGAAUCAGGAGAAAUCAAAGGCAGUGUGUCAGCUCCCUUCUUUUUUCAGUCCCUGCACAAGGAACAACAGCUGCUUCCUGAAUGUGAAGGAAAACCUCAACUUCCUAUGGAUGGCCGUAGCCAAAAGGACACUGUAUCAAGCGGGUGUCUUUCAAUUCUGCUUGUACAAAAAGGAAUCAUUUUGCACAUGUUCUGUAUGAGCCUCACUGUCUCCAUAAAGCCAAGACCCUUCUGAUCUACAAGUGGAAUAGACUUCUGCAACAGAUCCCACACAUUGCUGAGGAGAAGGAAGCAGAAGUUGCAAGAUAGGAGAUGCAGGUGGCAAUAUUGCAGAUGUUUCUUGAUGGAAAUGCAGAGACUCCCAGGCAGUCUUCUCUGCCAACCAAUCAGAGCUCAGGCAGUCAUCUCUGCCAAAUUGAGUUCAAGACAGUUAGCUGUGCCAAUGGCUCCAAGAGCAUGAAGCCAGCUCUGUCAAAAGGAGUUCAGGCAACCCGCCCAUUUCUAAGAGAGGUGGUGAUGGGCUUAUGUAGAUCUCUCCUUGUUCUUGCUAUUUAAUAUUUUCUUGAAAGCAUGUUCCAAUUUUUAUUUUUGGAUAUUUUAUUUUAUUGUAUUUUAUUUUUUAAGGGAGAGGGAUGGAGUGUUUACAGAGUUUGUAAUCACCUGCCUUUUUGUUUUUCACCUUCACAAAUGUUUAACAUUGAUUUAUUUUUUUGUUUUUGUUUUCUUCCACUGACAUUUGGUAGAAGCUAAUGAUAUUAGGAGUUUUGCCAAUCAUAAUGUAUACCAGACUUUGUAAUUUUAUUUGAAGUAAUGAAAAUUUCCUUUUUUGUUGUUGUUUUAUAAUUUAAAGAUAGUAGGCAAUGCACUUGAUAUAAUCUUGCACAUAUGAAUGAUUGAUUUGGAUUCUUUAUAGUACUAGGUAUAUUUGCAAUGUGUGAACGAAUGAGCAGGACUGGGUGAAUGAGUGAGCAAGUGAAUACACACCUGAAAGUGUGCAACUUGAUACAGUUCUCCAUUUCCUGGUUAUAACUGAAGGAGAGCUUUAUCUGGGGUGAUUUGAGUGCAAAAAUAAAUCACUGUCUCUGCUUUUGAAAGGGGAAUCAGUAACUCUUUGCAUUUUCUGUUCCACAAGAUAUGCAAAAACAAUGCAAUAAUAUUAAUUUUGAAUAAAAUGUGUGAAUUGUGCUGGCAUUAAAACUGUAUAGAAAAACAAAACAAGGGGAUUAAAAACAAACAAAACCAACCAAGUGAGAAGGAGUUAUAUUUCAAUAUAUUCCGUGUGAUGUUUUAUUGCAUUGAUAAAUGUUUCUGUUGAAGAAACCGUAAUACUUGAAUUCAGGUCAGUUUCAGUAUUUUUCAACUAUUUUUUUAAACUGAAUAGCAAUUGUGCCAAGCAAAUAUAAUGAAUUAAGUUUGUUUAAGGGAAAAAAAAUAACAAUUCUUGUAUAUUUUGCUGCAUGUAAAGUAAAUCAUUUCGUAUUUGGAGUGUGCCAAGCUUUACCUUUGAACUUUAAGUGCUUUUCUACAUGUGGUUGGGGGAAAGGGUAUACUAUUUUUUUUUCAUUUUUUAAUUUGUAUAAUGAACAAAGUGUACCUAGUGCUAAGUAAUUAUCCUGCAACCCACUGACAGGUUGAACAUUAACUGAUUUUGCAUAUCUUGUGUUCAUUUUCCUUACUCUGCACUUUCUUAAACAUGCAUGAUCAUGAAUUGGGAAGACUAUCUUGCAUUUUGAAGCUAUGGAUUCUUAUCCAGCUUUCUUCUUUUGCAUAGUUUCUCUCAGUGAUUCUCCUAAUUAAAAAGGUGAAUAAUUCCAUAUGCUAGGAUAAUCAAAUAUAUCCAAUCCUGUAAACUGAGCUGGCAUCAGCAACCUGGGACGAGAAUAUCUUCUUUUUAUUAUAUGCCACAAAUAUUACAGAGAUUAUUGUUAUGACAUCAAAUAAUGAUUGUCAGCAGUUUGUUGAAUAAUUUCUAUAAAUUCAAUAGGACGUAGUAUAUACCUUUAACCAAAUUUGUAUGUGUAGAGAAGCUUCACUUGUGUACUUCAGAAGACUAGUUAAAUAUUUUUCAUGGUAAAAUAAAAGGGAAAGAAACAGAUUAAAGAAAAUAAAUAAGAAUGUAACAUUUAUUGUAACACAUGGCCAAUAUGAAAAAGGAAUAAGAUGCACAAUUAUAAAAUGAAGAAUAACAUAAUAACAGUAACGUGCCAAAAAGUAUUUAGAGAUUGUGAUUAAAAGUCUGAUAUAAGUCAAAAAUCUCAUAAUGAAUAAAUAAGACAAGAAUUUUAUAUUGCAUUAUAUUAACUGAUUUAAAAAUUUAGAAUGUAAUUAUCAUUUUCCAGAACUGAAUUUACAAGACCUUAAUGAAUGAGGAUAAUUCAUAAAAUUACAAAGAACAAAUACAGAAAGACGUGAUAUGGUAGCAUACUAAAAAAAAUAUAGGAAGAAAUAUUGAUCCCUUUCAAAUAUUUAAAAACAGGUGGCAGUUGCUUCUGUAGCCUCAGUUCAUGGAUUCAUACAUGCAGCAAUGUAGUACUUGGAAAUGUUUGAGCAUAUCUAUUACCACCUACCUCCUGAACAUAAGGAAAGCAUUUUGGCAUAAUUCAACAUCAACCACUUGUUUAAGAAUUAGUAGAAUAAUUUGAGUAGUUGAUUAAUAUUGUAAUUAUAUGCUGCUCAGGAUUAAAACUAUAGAUAUAGUUUGCAAUUCAACAUUUGGAAACACUUCUGCAGGUCCACAUGCUCAAUAUAAUAUAAUCCUCUAUAACACACAGGUCUCAAAAGAGGAGGGAAUACAUACAUCAUGAUGAAUAUUCAUUGAUGGGGGAAACAUACAUAAAUCACAGGCCAAAGGCAAUUUGAUGUAAAUAUUUCAAAUACAGUUUCUAACAGAAGCAACUUUCCUUCACAGAAGAUAAAAUGAGUAGUUUUUGGAGCUGCUACUCAUAGGAAAUGUUAUUUUCAAGAAACAAAGGUCAGUCAGUACGAAUCCAAUCUUUGGUUCUCUGAAUACUGAAAUCCAGAUUUCUUCCAAAUCAAGUAAAAUCUACUCUAGAGUGCUGUUUAGAGCCCCCUUCAGAAUUAUAAAGUUGAACACUGAAAUCAUUAUAACCUUUGGUUAAUACAAACAUCCAAAUUAAACUUUCAAAAAAAUGGUUUCUAAUAUUUAUCUACUGGAACACAUCCGAAGAAGCAACUAUCUUUCUGGGUAGUUGGUUUCAUCAUCAAACAGCUCUUAACAGUUAGGAUACUCUUACUAAAAUUUAUUUUGAAUCUGUCUUCCUAUAGCUUAAAUCUAUGAUGUCAACUGUUGCACUCUGAAAUGAGAAAACCAAUCCUGAGGGUUUUUUAUGUGGUCUUCUUUCAGGUAUUUGAAGAGUGCCGUUAUAUCCCUAUUAAGUUGUUUUUUCCUAAGGCCAUCCAUAGUCCUCCACCAAUCUUUCUCUGAGUUACCCUAUACAAUAUUUUACUCCAAUCUGAAGGAACAUGUUGAGUAUCAUGUUCAAGCCAGCUCUGUAUCCAUUCAUAUACCAUCCAGCCUAUACUUAAGCCUAUAUAAACUUUGACAAAUGUAUUCUGAAAUCAAAAUAUAUUAUUCUCACUAAUCUGACAUAUUCAUUUUACCAUUUGUUUCUAGGUGAUAGUUCAUUCAGAAGUGUGAAAGCAUAUCAGUUUACUGAGAUUUCUUUAAACUCCAGUCUUUCAAAAAUAUCCUACAAUAAAUAAUUUUAGAUACUUAGCAUCAUUGUUUGUCAUACUACACAUCUGUUUCUAUCUUCACAGUACAAAACUAAAUUUCUUCUACUAUAUUAAAGUAUUAGAAUCUGAACAUUCCUUUUCUGUUCUGCAAUGUAACUAUUAUUUUUCUUUAGGGUACUUAUACUCCGUUCUUCAAAGCCAAACAAACCCUGCCUUUACUAUGAGCAUAAUAAAUAGUCAUUAAUUGAGCUAUUGAAAGUUUCAAAAGCCCUGCAAAAUGUUUUUAAAUAGCCAAAAUAUUCAUAACUAUUGAUAAAUCUUGCUCACUAAAAUCUUUGUGCAUGUUAAUCAUAAAACAUAAAAUAGUUUCCCUGAAAUUAGAAACUUGCUAUCAGUCAAUAAAUAUAGAGCCUAUAAGACAAAGAUACAAAAUCUGCCAGAGUAUUAAAUUCCUUUUCCUUCUAGUUAUUUAUCUAGUCUUCCCCUUGAUAUCAUCAUGGGGGUCUAGUUCAUAUCAGCAUCUUGAUUACUGGGUUGCAGUGCCUUGGAGUAAAUUCAAACUUAAUGAGAUAAGUACAACUGUGCUAGUUGUAAUUUUGACCUUGGGUAAAGAAAUUGCAAAAGCACAUGAGCCAAAGCAGACAUGUUCUUGUGGGUUAAUUUAAAUUGCUGACUUUUGGCCAUAAUAAAGAAUUCCCCAAGCACCCACUAACUGGGAGAAUUAAUUUAUUGUUCAACUACAGUAAAUGAAACAUCACAAAGUAAAAGAAGUAAAACUUCACAUUACCUAAAGUUCAGAGAUACUUUACAUUGUGCAGAAUAUGAACAAUAUGAAUCUCAAGACCAAAUGCUAUUAAUCUACAAUACGGCUUAUUCCCAUAGAAGCAUACUGUAAGUCCAGAAAAGGUUAAUGUUUGCAUACAAAUUUAUUUCAGAUCAUCAUGAACUUUUCCCAAAUUUUCUGGGGCUUUUAAUAUUGCAUUGAUAGCAUAUUAAAAAACCUCUAUUACUACUCAUAUAUCUCAGAAACAGCUUAAAGUUUUUCAUCAGAAUUAGUUCACACUUAGUUCAUCCAUUGUAUAAGAAGCACUCAAUUGGCAAGAAAUUGUAAUAUAUACACAUAUAUUAAUGCAUUAAUGCAAUUAAUGCAUAUACACAGUAGUCCUAAAAUGUAUGCUAACCCUCAUUCCCAAUACAAAUAUAUAUUACAAAUUCUGAUGAACAAGGAAUAAGAUUAAAAACAACUAGUUGAAUUAUUUUAUAUCAGUUGUGAAAAGGGUUAAAGUAUGCAAUUACAAAAUUAUUACUUGUGAUAACGUUCUGUUUACCAACACCAAGAUGUUUUCAGGUCAAGCUCAGAUACUGGUGACUUACAUAGAUACAAACAUAUUUUUAUGAGAUAAACAAGUGGUUUGCCAAUGCCUUCUUUCAAGAUUUUUUUAAACUUCCCAGUAAUACUUCCAAGGUUUUCCUCCUUAGCUUCCUAGAUCAGCCGAGGUCAGCUAGGUGCUGCCAGGAUCUUUUAUUUACAAGAUUGAAAUCCACAGGUAGCAUAGUACCAGUGUAACUGGUCAUAUAUGGUGCUAUUUCCUUAUCUUCUGUGGUAUAUAAGCACCUUUUGCCCAGUCUUUGCAAAUGCCAAAUUGCUUUAUUUAUUUAAUUGGUAUAAGAAUUAAAUUGUGACAUUGCACAUUCAGGUAAAACAUAGCUGCAGUAAGUGAUGGCAUAAGUAACGACUACUGAACAAUGCCAGAUCUAUACAAAAAGAAGAAUACAGAAGCAUGUUCACCAGAUGAUAGUGAAGAAUAUGUCAUUUAUGAAUUGAUCAAAAGGAAUAAUUUCUGUACUGAUCAAGUAGUAUAUAAAGUAAUCUAUUUAUAUCGCCAAUUUCUGCAUAUUUGCUAACAUGUUUUGAGACUAUAUAUUUAACAGUUAUUCUAAAAGGCUCUUAUCUGAACUAUUCAUUUGUGUAUAUUCUCUAAGCCUCAUAUGAAUAUGCAUAAUAAUUUUUUAUGCAAGUUACAGUCAAAAUAAGUGAUAACAUUCCAAAAGCCUAGGGAAGAGUAUUAAUAAACUCUUUACAUAAGGUAUGGUGCUUAUUUUGUGCUUAUGUAAAAAAAUAAAAGAUCUAUGAGUGCUCAAAGAUCUGAAAAGGGAUAAUAUUUAGGGUAAGUUAUUUUGCCAUGAUUAUGCAUUUGGGAUAUUAGUUACAUCUCCAAUUAAAGAAGAACAAUUCAAUACUCAGCUUGGUAGCAACACUUGCUUCAUUUCUGAAAACUAUCAGUAUAUAUGAACACUAACAUAUUAGUCUCAAUUUGCACCCUUUUGAAUGUUGAUCAGUUAAAACAAAACUGUAUCCUGUAUCUAAAUGAGAAAUUGGUGGAUAAAAGGGAAGUUUGCUGGUGCCAGCACAUUUUGCUGGUGGGUAGUUGGCAGUUCAGCUCACAUGGCUGUAACCUAGAAAGAGAGAAACUUCAAAUGGGUAUGAGCAAAGAGCUACUGCCUCCUUUAAGCGGGGCGAAGUUUGGGGCACAAUAGAAAAAAGAUUUGAUUUCAUAACAUGUUCUCUUUUCCCUUCAUAUUGAGCUUAUAUGCUGGAUACAAUCAUUGCACUGCAGCUGGAAGCUUUACAGAAUCUAAAGACUGGGCUGUUUCUUAGAAGGGAAAAUGCAAGCAUCACUCUUGAGUUUGUCUACUUGUGCAACAACUAAAGACAUUGAUUGCAAAUACCAAGAUUUCCAUCUUCCCCAGCCAUCUUGGUAAUUCCACCAGAUCAAUUAUUUUGGAUCUAUUUUUCUUUUUCUUCCUUCUGCUGUAUGAUUUAAAUGAUGGGAGGGAACAGGAAUUAAUGAUCCAGAGCAGGCGUUCCCUUAGCCCCAGAAUUUCUCUGCAUCGUCUACCUCUUCAGGUGAACACACAUGAUGAAGAAGUUUCUGAUUAUGAUGAUGCAGAUACUGCUGCUACUGCAAGGGAUCCAAUCUGCUUUAUUAACCAAACUCCCACUGUCUGAGGAAGCAGCCAAAGGAGCACUAUGUACAGGAUUGCAUCUAUUCUGGUUUGUUUUCUACCCGUGGCCCCAUAUCAUUGAUGACUAUGAAGACAACAACAAAAAAGGGCAAAUGCAUUUUUUUACAUUUCUUGAUAAUUUUCAAAGCAAUGUAUCAUUGCUUUCUUUAAAUUGAUGCCAAUAUAACAAUUGUAUGGGUCUCA